GUGUUGAAAGAAUUUUGCAUAAAACAAACACAUCGACACACCAAAUCAUUAUGAUUGACACAACUUUGCGACUUUCUUAUCCAGUCAUUCGCAUUUCUACUUCUAAAAACAGAAUCAAAAUUUUCGACUUUAGUCGACCAGACGUCUAUGUCAUUGAAAUAAAAAACGAUAAUCUGGAAAAUGUGUUACAAUAUUUAGAAAAAUUCAAUUUGUUUAACUCAAGGGCCCGAUUUAUCAUUAUUUUUAGCAACCACAAUCCUAAAGAAAUUUUUACACAAUUGCCAAAAUAUUUUAUCUACAAUACAAUUUUGCUAGAUGAUGGGCAUAACAUUUAUGGGUAUGAUCCCUACAAAUACGAAGAUGUGUCAGCUGAAAAUACCACACCAAAACUGUUAGGGCCUUGCCAACACGUGGAGACUUUUUUUGAGAACAAAUUACCAAAGUUUUGGCGAAACACAACAGUUGCAGCUUUGCGUGCAAGUCUAUUUUUGCACCACCAGAAACAAGGGCGAACUUAUGACUCAAUGUUUUGCCCCCAAAUCGUUCAAGAGAAACUAGGUUUUCGCUUUCUGAUUCAAGAAGGAAAUGGGCGGGCUUUUGGUGCAAAUAAUGAAACUUUAGACGCUUUACGUUCGCGGAACUUUUCCUUAAGUAUUAAUCAUUUUUUGCUUAAUGAAGACCAACACCUUCACUUCGACCUUGUCCCCUUACAUGUGGUGCAUUCCCGACUGUGGGUGGUCCCAAAGGCCACACUUGUCCCCUAUUGGAAGCUGUUUCUUCUGUGCUUUGGCCUGUCUUUGUGGCUUUUAUUCGCCGCAUUUUUUUGCAUCCUAACGAUAGUUUGGACUCGCUUUGAGAAAAAUUUCAAGACUGCGUCUAUAAUACUACACUUCCAAAUUCUGGUCGAAAACAGCAAUGCACAUCUUUUGCAAGUUACCAAAAGCUCGUCGCGAGUAUUAGCCAGCGUUACACUAAUCAUAUUUCUGAUUUUUUCUUCGGUGUAUAAAAGUGAAAUGAUUCGAGUUUUCACAAGUCGUGUGUACGAACAUCAGAUUGAAACGCUUGAUGAUUUAUUGGAAUACAAUUUGCCGUGUUAUGACUACCCAGAUAUUAAACAACUCUACGUUUUGUCGAACGAUAUGAGUCGAUACGUAAACAAAUGCAAGGUUAUACCGUCGGAAUUUGAGCGAGUUGAAAUUUUAAAAAGAAUUCUACGAGGGGAAAAACUUGUAACCACUUUUAGAGAAAAAUAUUUUAGGGGUAUGUUAAGAGAGUUACUCAAGCAAGGAUACAAGAUGCUAGUUUACUUGACCAAAGAAACUGUGGCGUUUGAUUACGGUUAUUUGUAUUUGACUAAAGGAUAUCCUUUGUAUGACCGAUUCGUUGAUGUUUAUCAAAGACUGCAAAGUGCUGGUAUUAUGAAACACUAUGAACUUUCAUUUAAUACGGUUGAAGAUAAAUUAUUAUAUGCAAGAGAAAGCUCUUCGAAUGUUUUACAAUCUGAUAAAUUUUCAAUACAGUUUUGUAUUCUUUUGGUCGGUUUAACAGUCAGCAUUGUUGUAUUCAUUACUGAAGUUUUGUAUCAUCGCUACAGAAAGUAAAGCACAUUCGUCGAUAUUGUAUAAUUUUUAAUCAUUACUUAGGCAAAAUUGGCACAGUUGCUCAAAUUUAUUGCUUUCACCAGGUUGAUAAAAAGGGAUUAAAAUAAAAAAGUAGGUCAGAACAACUCUUGAAAUUUUUAUGAUGCAGAAUAUCUAUUUACAGAGACAUGAUUAAAUAAAGCAGAAUGUUUCAGUUCUAGUAUGUGUGGUUUUUAAAGUAUAGAAACUGUUUAAAGGAACUUAGUUUUUUUAAUAUUAUGAUUCAGAAGUUUGGCAGUUUUCUCUUUCAUUGAAGUUAAUAUUUGAUGGGGCACAUUAAAUAAUUGAGAAAAGUUUGACGUGGUUGAAUGGAAUAAUUCUUGAUCCAUUAGUUUGUAAACGCAUUACAAAAUGUUUAAGUAUGACGUCAAAUUAACCUUAAAUAUUUGUCCCUUCUGAGGCUAACAACUUAUUGCAACACCUUUCAGAAUCAGAUUUUUCAAAAAGUUUUGGUUGAUCUGCAAAAAAUUGUAUUUAAGAGGUUCCACAUACCUAAUUAAAUAAUUAAUAAUUAUGCCAUUUCACCUAAAUGCUACUCUGCUACAGUAAAAUCUCUCAAUAACGGACACCGGUGGAAAAUAUUUAAUUGUCCGGUGUAGAGAGUUGUCCACUAAUGAGAGGUGGACGAUUUUAAAUAAUUCAAAUUUAGAACAGCAGCAAAAAAAUAUUUAACAAAAAAAAUGUUUUACUCGUACGCAGAAUUUUUUAAUAAGUGAAUGAAUAAAUAUGUUUGUAUAACUUUUGUAGUGCGAAAACACAAGCUUAAAGUUCGAGGGGUGUCGGGGAUGCAACGAGUUUCAGCGAGUUGCAUAAACACCCAAAAACAUUAAGCGUUUUCGCAUGAGUCUUAUUCAAAACUUUUUUUGUUUGAACAAAACGCUAUAGGAAGCUAUAGGAAGCGUGUUAUUAUAACAGUGUUUAUAAUCUAAUAUUCAGAUAUUAAAAAGAAGGC